AAGAGAAUUAUCUGUCAGAGAAUGGGAGGAAUGGUUAAAAAAUGUUGAAGAGGAACUAAAGGUGUUACAAUCUCCGCAAGAGAUAGUUGAUAUGGGAGCCAAAAGAGAAGCAUCUACUGAAUUAGAGGAUCAGAGUGAUAUACAGGAUAUGGAUAUCGACAUGUUAAGCAAAGAAGCAGAAGAAACUCCUCAAACUUCGUUACAUAUGGAACUGACUAAACUUCAGAUUACUCGACGUUAUUAUACUGAUGCUGUUUGUUUUAUUCACCAAAUACACACUGCUAUCCUGACACUUUGUCAGCUUCUUGUUUCUAUGAUCAAAUCAGAGAUUUUGGAGGCUAUUGAUUUUUUUGUCACAGCCUACACAUAUAAGAUGGAAUUUGCCGGAGAAGGGCUAAAGAAAAUGUUACACUUGAUUUGGACUAAAGAUAAUAAUGAUGAGGGAAAAGGAAUUCGGAAACGAUUGAUCGAAAGCUAUCGUAAACUGUAUUUCGAUUUUGAUAUUUCAAUAUUCGAUAAAGAGAAUGUAUACAUCAUAACGAGGAAUUUAAUAAGCUUGAUGUUCAAUGCGACUCUAGCUGAGUUAACGUCUUUAGAAUAG